GUGCACGGUGUCGUUUUCUCUCUCAGCCUUCAGCAUCAGGCACAACACAACCCAAAAGCACCUACGCACGCCGCCUCACGCCAACCCGUCUCCGGAUUUGCAAGUUCAUCAAGCAAUCAACAUCAUGAACUUUACAGCAUCAAUAUGCAAUAGACUAAAUCUGAAGCAGCUGGUUUCCAAUCCUCCGGUUUACAGCAGUGCUACUGAUGUCUCUGGAGAAGGAUUGAGUUUGAUCUUCAGGCGCUGGGCUACCAAGAAAACCGCAGGAUCAACAAAAAACGGCCGAGAUUCGCUUCCCAAGAAUCUUGGAGUCAAGAAAUUUGGGGGAGAGAGGGUGAUACCUGGAAACAUUAUUGUUCGCCAAAGGGGUACACGUUUCCAUCCAGGAAAUUAUGUGGGCAUGGGAAAAGAUCACACCCUUUAUGCUCUAAAAGAAGGUUUGGUUAAGUUUGAACGACACAAGCUGAGUGGACGCAAGUGGGUGCAUGUUGAGCCCAAGGAUGGUCAUGUGCUUCAUCCGGUCUAUGCGGAUGCUGCAGCGAUGAAGAAGAUGGAGACUAUGGCGUAAAAUUUUUUGAUAGAGUUUAGUGCCUCUUUUUUUUUUUUUUUUUUUUUU